UUCUUCCAUAACUGGGAGUUGCACUGUUUGACUGCUCUGAGUUCCCGUAGCUCGCUGCUGGGAGGCUAGAGGGCAGUGCUUCCGGGCCGCAGCCUAGGACGCCUCCACGGCGCUGCCUGGAUAGCAUGGCAGUAUUCCGCUCCGGCCUCCUGGUGCUGACGACGCCGCUGGCCACCCUGGCCCCACGCCUGCCUCCCAUCCUGACCUCGGCUGCCCGCCUGGUGAACCACACCCUCUAUGUACACCUGCAGCCAGGCAUGAACCUGGGGGGACCCGCUCAGCCCCAGGCCAGCCCUGUGCAGGCCACAUUUGAGGUUCUGGAUUUCAUCACGCACCUCUACACCGGUGCCAACGUGCACAGGCACCUGGAUGUCAGAAUCCUACUGACCAACAUCCAAACCAAGAGCACCUUUCUCCCUGUCCUGCCCUCAGUCCAGAAUCUGGCCCACCCUCCAGAAGUUGUACUGACGGACUUCCAGACCCUGGAUGGGAGCCAGUAUAACCCCGUUAAACAACAGCUAGAGCGUUAUGCCACCAGCUGUUACAGCUGUUGCCCACAGCUGUCUUCUGUGUUGCUGUAUCCGGAUUAUGGGACUGGAGAGCUGCCUGUGGAGCCUCUGAAUGCCCCCUUACCCUCCACCAUAAGGCCAGCUUCCCCGGUUGCCAGGUCUCCGAAGCAGCCUGUGCGCGGCUAUCACCGCGGGGCCGUGGGUGGUACUUUUGACCGCUUGCACAAUGCCCACAAAGUGUUGCUCAGUAUUGCCUGUGUCCUGGCCCAGGAGCAGCUUGUGGUGGGAGUAGCGGACAAAGAUCUGUUGAAGAGCAAGUUGCUCCCCGAGCUGCUCCAGCCUUACACGGUGCGUGUGGAACAUCUGAGUGAGUUCCUGGUGGACGUGAAGCCCUCUCUGACUUUUGAUAUCGUCCCUCUCCUGGACCCCUAUGGGCCUGCUGGGACUGACCCCACCUUGGACUUCCUGGUGGUCAGCGAAGAGACCUACCGUGGGGGGAUGGCCGUCAACCGCUUCCGCCUUGAGAAUGGCAAGGAGGAACUCGCCUUAUACCAGAUACAGCUGCUGAAGGACCAAAGCCACAGCGAGACCGAAGAGGACAAGGUCAGCUCCUCCAGCUUUCGUCAGCGCAUCCUGGGAAGCCUGCUGAAGCCUCCCAACCAGAGGCCAGAGCUGCCGUCAGGCCUGUACGUGCUUGGGCUGACUGGCAUCAGCGGCUCCGGGAAAAGCUCAGUAGCUCAGCGCCUGAAGAGCCUGGGAGCGUACAUCAUCGACAGUGACCUGCUGGGCCAUCGGGCCUAUGCUCCCGGGGGCCCCGCCUACCAGCCUGUGGUGGAGGCCUUUGGGACAGAUAUUCUCCAUAAAGAUGGGACCAUCAAUAGGAAGGUCCUGGGCAGUCGGGUGUUCGGAAACAAGAAGCAGCUGAAGAUCCUCACAGAUGUCAUGUGGCCAGUUAUUGCAAAGCUGGCCCGAGAGGAGAUGGAUUCAGCUGUGGUUAAGGGAAAGACCCUGUGUGUCAUUGAUGCUGCUAUGCUGCUUGAAGCCGGCUGGCAGAACAUGGUGCACGAGGUGUGGACCAUUGUUAUCCCCGAGACUGAGGCUGUACGGCGCAUCGUUGAGCGGGAUGGAUUGAGUGAGGCAGCUGCUCAUAGCCGGCUGCAGAGCCAGAUGAGCGGGCAGCAGCUGGUAGAGCAGAGCCACGUGGUUCUGAGCACCUUGUGGGAACCACGAGUCACACAGCGCCAGGUGGAAAAAGCCUGGAAUCUCCUACAGAAACGUCUCCCAAAGGCUCAGCAGACCAAGAACUGAGAAUGGAUUUUCUGUGGCGCCAAACUGGCCCGUGGAGCUAACUCAUCUGGUGGUGAAGAACGGAGGCCCUCGAUGUUCACCGGGCCUCAAGGGCUUCAAGCAAAGCUGUGCAGGACACAGAAGCCCGGAAGUCUGCCUAACAUGCUGGAAUCUAGCCAGCACCGAGGACACAGCUAAUGGACCAGUCCCCUCUAGGGUGCUGUCCGCUUUGUGGUGGUGGAUGUGAUGUCUACCCCGUGUUGAUGGGUUGUGGUAAAGACCGGACCCAGGAACCGAAUUAAAGAUGUUUUCCUAGUGCUGCCU